GCAAUUUUGAAAUUCGUAAAUGUCAACUUUUUAAUUGUCGCAAAAAUUUCAGUCAUAUUUUCUUAUUAAAAUUACGUGAAUCAAAUAUUAAAUAAAAACUCGGGGAGCACAUCGAUACCAGGGACUGGUGUUCGCCGCGUAUCGGUUGUCUCGGCUGUGGUAAUAAGUUGUUUGUGUUGGCGCGUGGGACGGCUUCAUAAAUGAAUAAUGUCUCUGAGGUCGAAGGCGCUGGCUCUGGUGGAGGUCCUGCUGCGAGUGCCGCCGCUGUUUGUGGUGGAUGAGUUCCUGAAGAUCAGCCUGGGGCUGCCGGUGUCGGGCGCGGACGAGGUGACGCUGCUCAGCAAUGUGUCCAUGGACCACGUCGAUUUGCCCGACUCGGAAACCUACUACGACGCGAACUUUUACAAUGCUUUCGUGUUCACAUUGAUGAAGUUCCUCGUCUGCUGUAUAGGAUGCAUGUCAGCGUUGUGCAUAUUCGUGCUGUACACGAAGCACCUGAUCAUCGUGUACCUGUACCUCAUGUCCGUGGGGCUGGUCUUCGUCUCCUACUGGACCAACGUGUCCGCCAUCAAACAAGUCCAGGCGCUCACGCUCGCCGCGACGUCCCCGCACCACUCCACCAGCAUCCUAGAGGACAUCCUCAACCUAAACACCAAGAAUCUACUUGAUCUCGACGGCCCAGGCAUACUAGUUAUCCAGAACUUUGCUAUACAGUUCACAUUAGCCCUACUCUUCAAGAAUGUACACUUAGGUCCUCGCCAUGCGACUGUUCAGAAGCUCCUACCAGUCAGUUUCAUGGCACCGUCCUUUUUGGCUAUGCUCCCGGUCCCGCCCAAUUUACUUCAUCAUUCGCCGGUGUUUUCUACUCUGCUGCCACUUUUCCUAGUCAAAUACGUGCUCUGGUCUUCAGCGGAUAAUGUUAUACACGUAAUUUACGCAGGCAUCCAGCAUGGCAGGCUGUUUGUAAGCAACUAUGGACUUUCCGCCCUUGUUGAGACUGAAUGGAUGCGCUUAAAUGUUCCUUGCGUGCUUCGCGUCUUUUGGGUGCUUCGCGUCGCCGAGCACGCGAUACUACUCCUCAUGGACAACUAUGACGAGGAGGCCGAUGAAGGUCUCCGAGUUUCAACUCUCCUAGCCGUCCAAUCGCUAGCAUCGAUGGCCAAAUCUCUACUCGUGACCGGCUGUGAGACUAUAACCGCCGUCCUUGGCAUGACUUCAGUGAUCUCAUUCUUUUGCCACUACAUUGGAAACUUCUUCCAGUGGAUAUUACUAACCGACGAGGAAGAAGACAAAAGUAUUGGCACAGUAUCCGCUAUAUUGUUCUACAUACUGGCUUUGCAGACAGGACUGACUUCCUUAAACCCUGAGAAAAGAUUUAUCAGAUUAUGCAGAAACUUCUGUCUCUUAUUCACCGCUUUGCUGCACUUUCUGCACAACAUUGUGAACCCAAUGCUGAUGUCUUUAAGCGCGUCGCAUAACCCAAGCAUGCACAGACACGUCAGAGCUUUAGGAGUCUGUGCUUUUCUUAUAAUAUUCCCAAUAUCGCUACUGGUGUAUCUGUGGUCGCAGCACUCCGUCUCAACCUGGCUGCUCGCCGUGAGCGCCUUCAGCAUAGAGGUGAUAGUCAAAGUUGUGGUCAGUCUGAUGAUAUACUCAUUAUUCUUAAUCGACGCGUACAGAAGCACUUUCUGGGAACAACUUGAUGACUAUGUCUACUAUAUCAGAGCUUUUGGCAACACAAUAGAGUUCUGCUUUGGGAUUUUCUUAUUCUUCAACGGCGCGUGGAUUUUGUUGUUUGAGUCCGGAGGGGCCAUCAGAGCGGUGAUGAUGUGUAUACAUGCAUACUUUAACAUUUGGUGCGAAGCUCGCGCGGGCUGGUCAGUUUUCAUGAAGCGCAGAACAGCUGUUAAUAAAAUCAACUCCCUCAGAGAGGCAUCCGCAGACCAGUUGGACACUCUGGACGACGUCUGCGCGAUCUGCUACCAGGAAAUGCACUCAGCAAAGAUCACCCGCUGCAACCAUUAUUUCCACGGAGUGUGUUUGAGAAAGUGGCUGUACGUCCAAGACCGCUGUCCACUCUGUCACGACAUACUCUAUAAGAUAGACAGUGACAUAAACAAAGACUCGGACCAGGGUAACGAGGAGAACAGCAACAAUCAGAACUUGCUGAUAGAAGAAGAGCCCGAACUGAUCUUAGGCGAGGACGUGAGGUGACUCGACGGCCAAAAUAUACGACCUAUAAAUUAGAAAAAUAAUUUGAGUGGUAUUUUUUAAUGAUUUUGUAUAGUAAGUUAUUGUUUUUUUUUUUUUAUAAUCAGACGGAUGAACCUGUGAUUGCUUGGUAUAAAGUCUAUUUUUGUCUGUGUGGGUGUUGUGGAGUUUUGUGGCCGAGCGAGGCGAGGGUCACUAUAGUCUCUGUGUACUCGAGUGUCGAAUGUUAAAUUGCGCUAGUGUUACGAUCUAACAAUUAGAAAGACCAACGGCGAGUAAAAAAUAAACACUUCUAAUCUGUAACUGUAUACAACGCUGUUGUAAAAUUGUUGUAGGUGGCGUCACUUUAGCAGGGUCACACGUGUCCCAUGGCAUGUCCCAUUUAUUUUGUGAUGACAAUCCGAUGACCUCCGCAUAUACUUGUCGCUUUCAUGUACCAGGCACCACUUUGUCAAGGCGCUACUGGUAAAUCAUUAGAAAUCGUUGUUAUUUACAGCCAACAAGGUGGUACUUUUUCCUGAAACCGUCACAUGACAUAACGCCAUCUGUUGUUGAUGUGAUAUCACUAAAUGUUUCAAUACUUUCAAUAGAUCAGUGUUUUUCAAACUGUAGGUCGCGAGCCUUAAAACAAUACAUCCGCAAAACAUUUAGUUCGUACUAAAGGGGCCCACUGAUUAACAGACAGCCGGACGGUAUUGGCCUGUCAGUUGUUCGGAACUGUCAAAAUUUUGUUCUAACUGACAGGCCGAUACCGUCCGGCGGACUGUUAAUCAGUGGGCCCCUUAAGGGGGUCGCGUCAUAAAUAAGUUUGAAAAACACGGCAAAAGAAAUGGGCCUAUGACCUCGCUAAAAUGACGGAAUUUACAAAAAUCUCAUUGUUUCAAAGGAGUACACCAUUGUUUAGAAAUUACUACUAGUGUAUUUUUACUCGUCCCUGGAGAGACAUAAAAACUAGACAUAUAAAGCUAUUUGUAAAUAGAUAAGGUAUUUAGAAAUAGCUUUUAAUAUUUGAAACUAUUUUAAAUUAUAUAUAAAAAUAGUAAUUUCUCACGGUAAAAUGUAAAUAAAACAUUUAUUUUAGUAGUAAUCUGCCUUUGGUCUCAUAGUUUGCUGGCAGCAGAGACAAAUAAAAAUAGAAACUCAUAUGAAGUAAUUUUUUUCAUUUAUGUAGAUCUCAGAGGGCCUAGCCAAGAUGCCAAUCGUGUGCGCCGUAGCGAACGAAACGGUAACGUCUCUCUCCAUAUAGUCCAUGUCCGUAUAAGUGCGCCAGAGAUAGCUAUAUUAGCGUUUCGUUUGCCUCGCCAUAUGUACAUUACCAGUCCACAUUUAUUUGUCUCUGCCAGCGAGUAUAAAUCGGAUUACAAUUUACAUUUAAGUUGUUAAGAUAUUUUUGCUUGGACGUGAUGAUAUAUUACUUAUAAUAAAAACUAUUAAGUACGGA